AGUUUAACGAAGCCACGCCCAUCGCUCCUUUUGUCCUUCCCUCGACCCACCCCUCGCUCUCCCACUCUUUUAUAACCUCUCCCUACCUUCCUCCCACUCUCCAUCUCCACCUCACGAAGCGAGAACCAAAAAGCAAAAGAAAUACUUCCAUAGCUUCCUUCCAUCUUCUCACCAUGGACACCUCCUUCUCCCUCUCGUCCUCUUCAUCCUUCUCAUCAUCCCUCAACGCUUCCUCCAGCUUUUUUGGAUCGGAUGCCAACCCAUCCUUCCCCUACACCCCUUCUUCUCUAGCCGGCCGGCGGAGGGGGGGCGACCGGGAAACGCCCAGGUUCUUCUGCGAGUCCAUCUCCGCCGGCGCCGGCGCCGGCGGCCACCACUUCCUCGACGCCUGCUUUCUCUGCAAGAAGCCCAUCGCUGCCAACGGCGACAUCUUCAUGUACAGAGGGGAUGCGCCGUUUUGUAGCGAGGAGUGUAGGGAGGAGCAGAUGGAGAUGGAUGAGGCACUGGAGAAUAACCGCAAAAAAUUCUCCUCCUACUCUUCUUCUUCUUCUUCUUCUUCUUCUUCUUCUCUCAAGAACUCUUCUUCCUCGGUAUCGUCGACGAUAAAGCGCAAGCCAAGCCUCAUCAUCCGUCCAAACUCCCGCAACGUUCAUGCUGUGGUUGCUGGCUACUAGUAUAUAUAGUGUACUAGUAGAAUCAGAGAUGUAGAGAGAGAGCGGGAGAGAGCCCACAUUUUAAGGGCUUAAAGAAGAGUGCGUGGAGUCUUUCUGAAGGGGCCAAAGAGGCUUCUCCAACUAUUCGGAAAAAAAAAUAAAAUUAGAACAUGAGCUGGAGUUGUUCACGGAAUUACAUCCGAGGCUGAUGGAGGUUUUCUGAUGUAAAUUGUGCACCUGCAGGAGUUUUAAGUUGGGAUUGUCUUGAUGCCAAGAGAACGUUUGAGAAAAUGAAGUUUAAUUUUUGCUUGAAA